UUUUAUUUUAUACAUUUGUAUAAUAAAGCGAUUGAACUGAUCCCCUCUUUCUGAACUCCUAAGGUUGUCCCUCCUCCAACUAUGGAUGUCUCUGAUCCCGCCUUAGCUCAGCAAGAAAACGACUCUCCGCCGCCCAAUAUUGACCCGGUUUCACCGGCGGAGCCCAAACCGGCGGCGAGUCCAAGGGCGGAGAUCGACACCUCCGCCCCAUUUGAGUCCGUGAAGGAGGCCGCCACUCGAUUCGGCGGCUUCGGCCUCUGGAGACCCGCCUCCCUCAAACCCUCUUCCUCCCCCUCAUUCCAGGAGUUCGAUGCGGCUAAAAAGGAGGAAGAAGCCGCCCAAUUGGAAAUGGAUCUCGCUGCAAAAGAAACAGAGACACUCAAUGUCCUAAAGGAAUUAGAAACCACCAAAGUCAUUUUGGAAGAACUCAAGCUGAAGCUGCAGGAAGGCGGAAACAAUGGCGGCGAAUCUCCGGGCUUAUCGGAGUCCAAACGCAGCCUGGGAAUUGAAUUAGCGGGCGUCCGGGCGGCCAUUGAAUCUUGCAAAGAGAAAGUAGAGGAAGAGAGGUUGCAGCUGGAAGAGACCGGGCAGAGGCUGUUUUCGAACUCCUCGAAAGCUUCUUCUCUGGAGGAGGAGCUGAAGGAGACGAAGGUGAAACUGGCGGCGGCGAGGAGGGUGAAGAGGGCGGAGGAGGAGCUGAGGGAGAGCAAGAAGGCGCUGGAAGAGGCGGCGAGCAGAGUGGAGAAGAAGAAGAAGAAGAAGAAGAAGAAGAGGUUUGGUGGGUUCUCUGGGAUUUCUCUUCUUGUGACCGAACAGAGUAAGAUGUUGAUGAAGAAGAAGAGGCAAAUCUCGGCUGCUGCUGGUUUCAGGUGUCGCGAUGUGUAGAACACGAGCUGCUGCUUAAACCAA